CUCCGAGCGACACGUUGAGAAAGAAGCCUGCUGCGCUCGCACUCACGGACCACGGUCGCAGCAGCCAACCCUCGAGCCAGUCAGCUCCGGGCCGGUGGGGUAUGCCCAGAGCUGACACGCACGGAAUAAAACCGUGACGCCGGCGCGUGGCAAUUACGCCGGUUGUUGGUGGAGUUGCGAGCGUCUCAGCUAGCUCCUCUUGGCGUUUAUUUAUUUAAUUUGUUGUUGUUUUUUCGCUAUUCCGAGAAGGAGUGCUCGGCCGGGUUUCUCGGUCUUCUUCCCAUUCCGAAAUGCUGCGGCGGCGGAGGCAAGCGGAAGAAGCGUUCGCGGCUUUCAGGAUGGCUUGCCUCAAGUCGUUCGGCCUCGUCCUGGCGCUCCAGGUCGCCGCAGCGUGGGCCAAUGGCGCGACUCCGGCGGCGGCCGCAGCCCCAGCAGCGGCUCCCGCUGCCGCCGCUGCCAGCGGCUCGCCGCAGCACGGAACGGCCGAGAGCGCGACGGCCGCGGCGGCAGCGCCCGCGGCGGCGGCACCAGCAGGCCACGGCCAAGCCGACAUGGCGCGCCACGGGGCGGGGCACAAGACACACAAGUGCACCAACAUCAAGCUCUUCUCGGAAUGCCGUGUGAACUGCGAGUACGUGGUCGAAGGCAAGGGAGCCUACUUUAUCUUCACUGACGGCGAGGACGGCGUGCCCUGCAAGACCCGGACCCUCGACGGCCAAUUGCUGAGCGGCGCCUGCCACCAGGGACUGUGCAUGGUCAAGGAUCAGGGCGCUUCCGCUGCACACAGUGCGGCCGGUGCGGCUGCGGCUGCACCAGCAGCCGCAGCCGCAGCCGCAGUCUCGCCGGGUGCCGCGGCCGCAGGAGCAGCAGCAGUCACGCCCGCGGCGGGUCAUCCGGCCGCCGCCCCUGCACAUGCCGCUGCUGCCGCGGCCAAGCACAAGAAGGCCUGAGAGAGCUAGAGCGUGCGGAAGUACCUGCCCAACACUGGCCUCCGAGAUUGCCGAACGGGCGCGUUGCGCAACUCUUCAAUCGUAAACUUCCAACACUCCUUCCUCAUAUAGGCUUCAUGGACCCCUGUACACACACACACCUGCAGAAGUGAACGGGCGAAAUGUGUACAGUCGUGAUUCUGCGGGAGUCACUCGAUAUUUCUCAGCGCCUAAGGGUCACGAACUCAAGCGUGAGCCAGAGCGCUUAGAGCCGGGCGCUGUUGUCUGUCUACCUCUCCGUAAACUCUUCGGUCGCGGCUGCUGACGUCAUUGUCGACAUCGUGACGUCAGUAGCGGUAGCCAGGGGAGCUGCACGGUGCAUGAGCUGGCGGUACUGGCGGAAGCACAAGGCAACGGUAGGGUGUGGGAGGAGAGAGAGGGGGAGGUAUAAAUAGAAAAGAUUAUAGCGUUGCAUGGAUUCCGGCGCAGACUCGUAACUUGCCUACGGCCUGUUGAGGCUGGAUGCACCGUGGGGACGAGGCAUAGAAAAGUACGAAGCAAAGAUAUUUUUCUUUCUUACUUCCAACAUUUGUACCUCAGAGUAGCAACGCCUUUGCAAAAGAAGGUUCAUUAAACAGUAACUCAGAAAAAAAAAAUUUUUUUUUUUCACUGCAUUCGGUACGGGGCCCCCUCAAUAUACAAAACGCCUGCUUAGCCCGCAAUCUUGAAAUUUAGCUCAUUAUGUGCCACUUUUGACAAAAGAAUAAGCUGUCACGCCGUCUGUGUGAAAACAGAAGUAAACAAGAAGGUACGCCUCAAGUUUCGCUUGUUUGUGCAUUACUCAUAUAUCUGUUAGCUCUCAAAAACGAACGCUGGAGACGGCUGAAUCGCACGGGCAGUUAAAUCCAAGAUUGACACGAACUGUGCGCGGCCUGCAUCGCGCGGCAAUCUCGGAGGCUAUGACUAACUCGCUAAGCGAUACCUUACGAAAGUAGAAGAGUGCUACCACGUCCAAUAGGCGUCGCGUGUGGCGACCCGAAGAAGGGAGUGGACGCACAGUAUACGAAAUUAUCACGUGCAUGGCGAGCAUCCAUCGUCGUCGGACUUCAGCAGAGUAGCCACGGGCAUCGUCGUGUUGUACAGUAAUCCGAUAAUAAAGACGUGUAUGAUUGCUUCGA